CACGUCAGGUGACUGAGCAGCAGGUUAUGGGUUAUGUUUUAUGAUCAGGUAAAGUUACAGUGAAGUGGACAGACCGAGACACAGCCGCAGGUCAGGAGAGUUGCUGAGGACGUGGAGAAUAAAACUCCCUAUAUAACAUGUUACAGUGGUAUGAACUGAAUUUCCCUGCGCUGGUCUCCUCAGUGGACGUGGUGUUGGACCAGGACACCGCCCAUCCCAACAUCGUCCUGUCAGCGGACGGGAAGCAGGCGGGCCGCGGCGAGCUGCUGCACCUCGUCCCCGACAACCCCCAACGCUUCGACCCCGUCAUCUGCGUUCUGGCCAGCAGAGGCUUCCUGUCCGGGAGAUUCUACUUCCAGGUUGCCGUGGGGACAAAGACUUUCUGGGACCUGGGCGUGGUCAAAGAGUCUGUCAACAGGAAGGGGAUGAUCACCUCCAAGCCGGAGAACGGCUUCUGGACGGUGCGGAUGAGGAACGGGGACGAGUACCGGGCCCUGGACUCGCCCUCGGUGCGUCUGUCGCUCGGGCAGAAGCCCCGGACCGUUGGGGUGUUUGUGGACUACGAGGACGGGACGGUGUCGUUCUUCGACGUGGGAAACGGGUCGCACAUGUACAGCUUCACCGGCUGCCCGUUCUCCGAGAGGAUCUUCCCCUUCUUCAGCCCCGGCGUGUGUGACGAGGGGAGGAACAAGGCGCCGCUGGUGAUCGCUGCCGUCAAUCCCGAGGGUUCCACCUGAGGCUGAUCCACUGUCUAACGGUUCAGGCUGCAAACGUAUUUCCAUAGAAAGUAAUUUCAACUUUCCAACUCAAACAUGAAUCAAACAUUUGCAACAUGAUUAUUAUUAAAAUGCAGGGUUCUGUUGGGCUACGGACUCUGACGUGUUUGCCACAGACUGACUUUACAGCGAGUGCACGUCUCGCCAUGUUGACGAAAUUCCUGUUCGCUGUCUUGUCCAGAUCCAAGUUCCCUUGUGUUUCCCGUGGGUCACGGGUCAGUCAGACAAACGUCGAGGAAAACUCUCCCUCCUUGGCAAAGGAGGAAACUGUGCUAUUGAUUUUCUCAAUCUUUGUUUCUGUGGUGAUCAGAUUCUGAAAUAAAGUUUCAAUGGUU